AUGCACUUCUCCACCUACACCCUUUUGGCCCCUACGGUCCUCAUCUCCCUCUCUCAGGCCAAGAACAUCGACAUCGUCGUCGGCAAGAACGGCCUCACCUUCGAGCCCAACAGCACGACGGCGGCCAAGGGCGACACGCUUACCUUCAAGUUCUGGCCCGAAGCGCAUUCGGUCGUUCAGGGUGCCUUCGACUCCCCCUGCACCCCGUCCGACACGGGCUUCAACUCGGAUUUCGUCAGGACGUCUUCAGGCGCCGCCAACGAGACCUUCGUCGUCACCGUGAACAACACCGAUCCCAUCUGGUACUACUGCUCCCAAGGCAAGCACUGCCAGAGCGGCAUGGUCGGCGUAAUCAACCCCGCUGCGAACAGCAAGUCCAAGACCCUGACAGCCUACGCCUCCGCCGCCGCCGAUGUCGAGAAGGCCGAGACGCCCGACGCAAUCCGCGGCGGUAUCUUUCAGGCUUCUUCUUCAUCUUCCUCGUCGUCUUCCUCGUCUUCCGGUAGCGGUUCAUCUUCCUCUACGCCCUCCGGCUCCGCGGCCACCCCUGCCUCGUCCACUGGCGCCGGCGCUUCCAUCGUGGGCCAGGGUGCUGCCAGCAUUGCUGGUGUCGUCGCCUUGGUUGCCGGUCUAUGGGGCUUGUAA